AGGAACGCAUAACUAAAAGCAUCACGCUUCCCCCAAUACUGAUAGACGCGGAUAAUUAGUGAGAAUUCCGGGAAUCGAUUAUAUCUAUAAUUAGAGACAGAGUUGGAGAUUGUUCAUCUUCAUAGUUGUAUUCCAAUUUCAGUUUCUUGACCACCAUCACGAAAAUCAAGAAUGUGAAAAUUUAUCCUUACUCUUCCGCAAAAUCAAAUCCCAUUCAUCAACAAUAUUGAUAUCGCAAUCCAUCAAGCAAUCCAAUCCUAAGUGUAGCUGUGUUGCAAGUCCUACAACUACCUUCUGCUCAGAUAAAAUAGAUUCAAUUUGAGGUAGAAGUCAUACAUCAAACGCAUAAUCAAUAUCACUUAUAUUAUAAGUACUUUUUACAACUUAGAGUUAGAUCAUCAUCAUCAUCAUCAAGAUGAGUAAAGCUGCUGAUCCUGUCGUUGAUGCGGACAGUGCAUCCGGUGGAGAACCAGAAGAGGAGGUCCCUCGAGAGCCUGAGGAAUGGGAGCUGCGGAAUAUUGCGCGGUUUGAUGCGGAUUGGGCCAUUUCACAGGAGCAAGAAUUUGAAGUGGCGUGGCAAAAGGACUGGCUUGCCAAGCAGUUCCUGCCGGCGCCUCACUCCAAAGUGAUUCGCGUUCCGGCAGAGGCCAUUGAAUGCACGCUGGUGAAGCGCCAGGGUGGGCGAUUCAGCAUUGUGAAAAUGAAAGAACUGGGCGCAAGCGUAGAGCCACGCUGGAUUUUGACGUACACACGAAGCAAAACGGCGCCGAGCAGCGACCCGCGAAACCAGAAAGUGAUUUUGAAACAGGCGGAUUUUGAUUUAGCGCGCUUGGCUUUUUCACUAGCUCUGUCGAGCCACACGAAAAUGACGGCGACAGACGAAGCACUAGGCGACACCUGUACUAUAUCGAUAGUGAAGCCCAGCUUAAGGCGGCUCACAGUGUGCAUACCACAAACAAGCGAAACAGCAAGAAAGCUAGAACGGUACCACUUUUUGUUUGCGAUUGCGUGUCUAGUAGUUGUAGUAAUUUAUGUACGUUCCAGGGGUCAGGGGCCAAGCCCAAGGCCCCCUCCCGAUCUAGGGACGCGAGGGGCGGGCCUCCCGCCUCUGACCCUUUUUUCCGACGGACUGCCGGGCGGGAAGGCCUCCAAAAUCCCGCCCCGGUCUAUUUCCGGCUUCCUGCGUGUAUUUUACAGGACGCCAGAAGGGCCAAGGCUUCCCCAAUCAGGGAAGGCCGGGGCAGGACGGGAGGCAGGAAGGCCGCCAGAAGCCUCUCGCCACCCCCUUCCAGCUUCUUGCACUUACAAGACAGAACCCCAAUCCUUCAGGCGUUUCCUUUUCCAUUCAGAGAAUGCCAGGAGUGGAAGGCUUCCGCAGGCAGCGAAAGGGGGAAGGUUUGACCCCUUGUCACGUUGCCCGGCAGGCCUCCUGGCCGCCCGCCGCUCGAGGGAGGAGUUCCGGGGGGAUAAAAGUCCGCUGAGGACAGCCGUCUACCAAGGUUGACCUCCUCCGCCGUACUGCAUGUGUCGGACAGAACCCCGCUGGCCACACAUUGCCUCCACCCCGCCGCGCCCUUGGUUCUCUGACUCCCAUCG